CCAUGCCUUUAGUUUUCUCUCUCUCUCUCUCGUUUUUGCCUUAGUAUAGUAUAUAGAUAGAUUUGGGACUGAGGAUUCAAUAAAUAACUUAUUUUACCGCAUUCAAAUUCAGAAAAUAACCACUGGCUACUAGCAGACUGGUCAAUCCUUAAUAAGGCUCUUUGCCUCUUUUUCAGUGCUGUUCAUUAAUGCUAAUAAGUUGAGUCCAUCUGUUUAGUAAUUAUUUAUUUCAAAUUAUCAUCAUUAUUAAUUUAUACUAAUAAGCACCUUGUUAAUGUUGGGAAAAAUAAUUUACUUUAGCAUUGUCUUCUAAUCUCAACUUGUCAAUCCUUCUCUGAAUUCUGUAAUACUAGUAUUAAAGGUUUACAAAUUUCUUACAACCUUCCUUUUCAUUCUGAUCUUCAUUUUACCUUAUUUAUCUUUAUUUUGUUUGAUCAGCACUGCACUACUAAAAAUAAAAAAUAAAAAAAUUUCUAUUCUUUGAAAGAAAAUGUCUGCCACCACUGGAUUACAUUUGCCCUCUUUACAGCUAUUCCCACAUGAUUCUGAUCAUGUAUUUGUCAUUUCACUUUUUUUUUUUUUUUGGUCGAAAAAAGAAAUUAUUCAGUAGUUAUUGCUACGCAUAACAUGUACAUGGGCUUAGCUUGUAAGGAUAAUCUAGCUGCCUGCUUAAUUAGCUUAGCUUUUGGGUGAAACAAAUAUAAAGAACGAUAUCUUUAGCAUAUUGGAAAAAACAAAUGGAUAAACAUAAAUAAAAGAUGCUGUGAGCGUGGGUACCUUUCAGGGUACAGAACAAUAAUAACAUUGCAUGACAACGAAACUCCAUUUUGCAUUUUACAUCUCUUUUUCGCUUCUUUUCUUUUUGUUACAACUUUUUACAUCUCUGAAGCUAUCUUUUUUUUUUUUUUUUCUUUUGACAUUUCUGAUGAAAACCAUUUAGUUCAAAGAGAAAAAGAAAUGCAAAACUAUGUCUACAUGGAUUAAUGGCAACUUGAUCCUAUUACUAAGGAUUAUUUAUUUUCCAGAGUGUUGUUUCUUCAAGAAACUAACUAGGGAUUAUCUAUGAAAUGGUGAAAACAGCAUUUCAGAGUAUAGCCAAUAUUAGCUGAGUUGAUAUGGACGCAGAAAGUGUAACCAAUUCAGAGGUAUCCCAGGAGGUUAAGGUUGUUGAAGCAAACGGAGGAGUUGACUUGCCUGAUCCAUCUUCCAUUAAGGAGCAAGUCAUGGAGAAAGGAGGAAAGAAAGAAGAAGAAGACACUGCUUUUGACGGGGAAUUUAUUAAGGUAGAGAAGGAAGCAUUUGAUCCAAAGGAUUCGCAUGUUCAAGAACCAGAAACCAUUCCUGUUGUUGAGGAACCAGCUGCUGCAGAUCAAAGCUCAGGUGUUUCAUCCACCAGCCGGGAAGUAUUGGAAGCACAGGAAAAGGCUAGUGAACUUCAGCAUGAACUGGAGAGAGUUGCGGGAGCGCUCAAGGAUUCUGAAUCUCAGAAUGUACAGUUGAAACAUGACCUUUCAACACUGAAGGAAUUAUUGGAAAAAACUGAGAAGAAGUAUGAAGAGCUUGACCUCAGUCACCAGCAAUUGCAGCAGAAAAAUGUGGAAUCAGAAGAGAGAUAUAGUGCUCAGCUCAAAGCUCUGGAGGAGGCUUUACAAUCUCAAGAAACUAAAGACAAGGAGUUGAUCCAAGUUAAGGAAGCCUUGGAUUCUCUUAAUCUUGAGUUUGAUGACUCGAAAAAGAAACUAGAAGCACUUGAACAAGAGCUACAAGCUUCUGCAAAUGAAGCUCGGAAGUUUGAGGAGUUGCAUAAAGAAAGUGGUUCACAGGCUGAAUCAGAAAACAAAAGGGCAUUGGAAUUGGGGCAGUCACUUGAGGUUGCCAAAUUAAGUGCAAAAGAAAUGGAAGAACAGCUGACAUCUUUGAAGGAGGAGCUUAGUGCCCUAAAUGAAAAGAUUGCUGACAAUGAGAAGGUUGAAGCUGCACUAAAGGCCACAACAGCAGAGCUUUCAACAGUUCAAGGGGAGUUGGAGCUUUCAAGAUCCCAAGUGGAAGAUGUUGAGAAGAGGCUUGCUUCAAAAGAAGCUGUUCUGCAAGAAUUGAGCCAAGAAUUGGAAGCCGUAAAGGCUUCUGAAUCUCAGCUGAAGGAAGAUUUAUCGGCCUUACAAAAUCUGUUUUCUUCAACCAAAGAAGAAUUUCAGUCAAAAGUUUCAGAUUUGGAAGAUGCCAAAUUGAAGCUGCAGGUGGAAGUCGGUGCAAAGGAGCUUGUUGAAGCUAAUUCAAAAAUCCAGGAAGAAAAAGUCUCGCAAUUGCAGGAGGAACUGGCGAAUAUUUUGAAGGACAAAGAAGCACUAGAAGCUACUGUUGCGGAUUUAACCAGUAGUGCAGCUCAGAUGAAGGAGUUGUGCAGUGACUUGGAGGCUAAGUUGCAGAAGUCAGAUGAGAACUUUGCCAAAACAGAUUCUCUGUUGACUGAAGCAUUGGCAAACAGUAAAGAGCUGGAAAAGAAGUUGAAGACAUUGGAAGAUCUUCAUCAAGAAUCUGGAAAUGCUGCAGAAACUGCAAACCAGAAGAAUCUUGAGCUGGAGGAAAUUCUGCGAGCCUCAAAUACUGCAGCAGAUGAAGCAAAAUCACAGUUGACAGAACUUGAGACACGUUGUGUUUUAGCAGAACAGAGGACUACAGAGCUUGAACAGCUUUUGAAUCUGGUGGAACUAAGGAGCAAUGAUGCUGAGAGAGAGCUGAGGGAGUCUUCUCUGAAAAUAUCUGAACUGAAUACAGCUAUAGAAAAGGCCGCAGAAGAAAAGGAAUUGCUAAAUGCUCAAAUAGAAGAGUAUCAGCAGAAAGUAGCUGAACUGGAGUCUCAUGUGGGUCAAUCAACAGAGCGACAUGCGGAGCUUGAGUUGGAGUUGAAGAAUGUCACAGGGAAAUGUGCGGAACACGAGGGGCAAGUUACUACAAUGCAGCAGCGCAGCCUUGAACUUGAGGAUUUGAUUCAGGCAUCACAUUCCAAAGCGGAAGAAGCAAGCAAAAGAGCAAGUGAGCUGGAGUUAUUGCUGGAGACAGAGAAGUACAGGAUUCAGGAGCUCGAAGAACAAAUAGCAAAUUCAGAUAAGAAGUCCCAGGAUUCGGAGGCUGAGUCGAAGUACCAUUUGCAAAAAGUUUCUGAACUUGAGUCGGAAAUAGAAGCAUAUAAAUCCAAAGCAUCAAGCUUGGAAAUUGCUCUUCAAGAAGCCACAGAAAAGGAAAAGGAACUGAACGAAUGCUUAGCUGUAAUGACAGAAGAGAAAAAAGUUCUAGAAGAUGCAUCUAGAAGUUUAACUGAAAAAAUAGCUGAAUCGGAAGGUCUUAUUCAAGUCUUGCAGAAUGAGACAAAAGAUGCUCGAGAGAAAUUGGAGAGCCUUGAAAAUGAUCUCAAGGCUGCUGGCAUAAAGGAAACUGAAUUUAUGGAGAAGCUCAAGGCUGCCGAGGAUCAGCUUGGCCAUCACGGAAAGUUGUUGGAGCAAGCUACAGCUAGAAGUUUGGAGCUAGAAUCCUUACAUGAGACUCUAACAAAGGAUUCAGAAACAAAACUCCAAGAGGCUAUGGCAAAUUUCUCCAGCAAAGACUUGGAGGCUAAAUCAUUAUAUGAUAAACUAGGUAUGCUGGAAGAUCAAGUAAAGAAUUAUGAAGAGCAAUUGGCUGAGUCCACUGGAAAAUCGAGCUCUCUGAAGGAAGAAUUGGAGCAGACUUUGCUGAAGCUAACUUCAUUAGAAACUGUCAAUGAGGAUCUUUCAAGAAAGAUUUCUGAAAUUGAAAACAAGUCUUCUCAGUACUUUUCAGAGAAUGAGAUGUUAGCUGAGACUAAUGCUCAGCUGAAGACCAAAGUCAAUGAACUCGAAGAACUGCUACAGUCAUCAUCAGCGGAAAAGGAAGCUGCCGCCCUGCAACUUGCUUCACACAUGAACACUAUCACGGAAUUGACAGAGAAGCAUUCCAGAGCUUCUGAGCUCCAUUUAGCUGCUGAAUCUCGAGUUUCAGAAGCUGAAAAGCAGUUACAAGAAGCUAUUGAGAGAUUAAGCCAUCAUGAUUCUGAAGCUAAAGACUUGACUGCAAAGUUGAGUGAUCAAGAAACUCAGCUGAAGGCAUACGAAGAACAGGCCCACGAAUCAUCUACAGUUUCCGAAAGCCGAAAAAUUGAACUGGAGCAGACUCAAGCAAAACUAAGCAACCUAGAACACAUCAUAGAGGAACUGGAAGCCAAGUUGAGUCAGACUCAACAGGAGAGUGAAAAGUUGGCCGAAACAAAUGUAAAACUUGCAGAGGAACUUGCAUCUUACGAAUCAAAAACAACUGAUUCACAAAAAGAACUUGCAGCUGCACUAGCUGAGAAAGAUGAAGCAGUUGAAAAACUUGGUGAUGCAAACAAAACCAUUGAGGACCUUACAAAGCAGCUACAUUCUGAAGGGGAGAGGCUACAAUCUCAGAUAUCUUCUGUAGUAGAAGAAAAGAGUUUGCUCGCAGAAGCGCACGAGAGUUCCAAGAAGGAGCUUCAUGCUGUGGUAACACGUCUUGAGGAACAACUAAAGGAACAGGGGUCUAGUGAGAGUAAUUUGAAAGCAGAGAUGGAAGCUCUCAAGGCUGAGAUUCGUCGAAAGUCUUUAUUGGAGAAGCAACACCUAGAAGAGCUGGAAGCAAAAUUAACAGGCUAUGAGCAGAAGGAAUCUUCCUCUCAGAAGCAGUUGGAAGAGCUAGAAGCUAAGAACAAACAGGUCCUGGUUCUGGAAAAGCAAUUGAAAGAACUAGAGCAGAAAUUGCAGCUGGCUGAUGCCAAAUCCAAAGAGGAUGUUGGAGGGAUUAAUGUCGAAUCCAGGGAUUUUGAACCAAGCAUCUCGACUCCAUCAAAACGGAAGAGUAAGAGGAGGUCCGAAGCCACCUCUUCUACUCAAGCAUUGUCUUCAGAAACACAAGCGACGGAAGCAUCAUCUCCUCUCUCCACAUUGAAAUUCAUCUUGGGAGUGGCCUUGGUUUCAGUGAUAGCUGGCAUUAUUCUAGGUAAAAGGUAUUGAACCGGGUUUUCAGGUUACUGAUGGUUGUUUUUCUUUGGUCUUUUUUCCUUUUUUCUUGGUUGCUUAUUGGACGUCACUGUAAGAAAGAAAUGCAGAAAAAGCUUGUUAGCAUUCUGUCUAGAUUUAUUACAUACAUAGUUUGGAUUGGAGGGGUUUUCUCUUUUUCGGGUGAAGGGGAAUUGGUUUUUUUGAUUUACAUCCCCCCCCUGCAUUGCCUGUAUCAUAUGUUACCAGUAUUCUUUUACAACAGGAAAAAGACAAAUCUGAUUGAUCGAGUGUAAUGCGGUUUUUGCGUUUGCAACUGUUUCAUUAGCUUGGCAGAUUUUACAUAGUGUGCCCCGUCCCAAAAUGAUUGUCGUGGAGAGUGCACCAAACAUUUUCAUGGUCCAACCAUCAUAAUUGGAAAACAACAAAUUAGUUCUGGUUCUCUUCCCAUGUUUUUGAGUGUGUUGAAUAGAUUCUUCUCCCGCAUCUAUUGGCUGUACAAAGAGGGACUUGGAUGUUGACAUAUCAUUCCAUCAUCCAGUCACUCUAGUCCUCUUUACCAUUAUUAUGAUUUGUGUUAUUCUUCUUCACUGACAAAAAUCCCAGAAAAAAAGAAGCGCAUUACUAUAUCUAGUUUAUUGAUUGGAACAGUCCAAGAAGAUGAAGCCAAAAAUGGUGUUCAUCCCAUUGUUAUAGGUAUCUGUGGUGGACGAAUGCUGCAAUGGGUGGGUGUUCUUACAUGGUUUAAUUGCCUUGUGAAAGAACUCAAAUAGGGUCUGCAAUGGCCAGUUCCACCAGGUGCAUUUUGUCUUAUAGGGUUUCUUAAAAUUGCGCAUAUAUCUAGCUAUCUCAUGCAGCUGACAUUCCUGCUAUUUGAUUGAAUCGCUCGAUUUAACUGAGUAUUUACAUUUAUCAUAC